GUGUGACCUACCGAGACAAGAUGGACUUAGAAGAUCUGUGCGGAGAGCUGGCUGCUCUUCGUGAAGAGAUGGCUGGUUUGAAGGGAGAAGUGGCCACACUGAAGGGAGACAACGCCGUACUGAAGGGAGACAACGCCACACUGAAGGGAGAAGUGACCACACUGAAGGGAGACAACGCCACACUGCGUCAGGAGGUGGUCCAUCUACGUGAAGAGGUGGUCCGCCUGCGGCAGGCUGUCCUCGAGGAGCGCACCACUCGCCAGGUCGUCGUGGAGGAGCUGCGGCAGGAGGUCCGCCGGCGAGCGGCGCCAUCCGACCGUCCCCAGAGUGACGGCGAAGAGGUGGCCUCACUGAAGGCCGACACCUGUGACAAGUGUGACGCCACCACCAGUUGUGACGUCACCCCAACUACGGAGGAGGCGGGGCCGGCGUCUGGUAAGCGUAGGCCGCCUGCGGCUCGCGAGGCCAACAUCUACCACCUGGACACCGAGCUGCUGAAGAUGGUGAUGAGCAAGAUGGACUGUAGGGAUAUGUUCCGCGCCAGACGGGUCUGCCGUCGAUGGCGGUCCGCUGUCGACGAUAUCGUCGGCGACUGUCGGCGGGAGCUAACCGAUCAGAAAACCCGCGGUGGAGAGGUCCCUGCGCCGGCCACGAGCCUGGAGCUCGUGUUGAAGGUGCAGGACCAGCCGAAGAUGACCGAACUGCUGGCGCCGACCGCUGAGACGGACACCGACCUCCGACUGGUCGCGGCCACCUGCCACGCUCUAGAGAAGGCCAACCUACGCGGCUUCAAGCUGCGGGUCUCUGCCCUCCGCCGGCUGGCGCGUGCCAACGCUUCCAGUCUGCGUGAGCUGACGCUGCCGGCCGACAUCAGCGAAUGGCAGCUGGAGGCGCUGCUGGAGCCGCUGAAGGCUCUGGAGCGGCUCGAUGUGAGCCCACCCGUGGACAGCUCCGGCAAGUGGCUGCGCCUGCUGCCCAAGUCGCUGAGGAGACUGGACAUCACUGGGUCGGGGAUGACUCGGGAGCCGGUGAAAUACGGAAGAUGUCCGUCGGGGGGACUGCUGGUCGGUGUACAGCUAGCAACGGACACACUCCUGGACCAGCUGGCUGUCCUGGCGACCCACACAGUCACCGGGCUAUACAUGAGUGUGUCACCGUCCGUGACACCGGAAGCGACGGGACGCCUCCUGGCUGCCCUCACCAGCUUGAAGGACGUCACUCUUCACGGAGCGGGCGUCAUUUCCGUCACUGUGCUACCCGCCCUCGGCAGCUGCUCCCAGCUGGAUACGGUGCACCUUAAUGACACCCGGCACCUCACCGACAUCCCUGUCCUGACCCAGACAGAGGUAGCAGCCGUCAGCAGGAUGGCAGUGACCUGCAGGAAACUGUAUAGACUGUUCAUUGGAUCCUCCACUGAAAACUGCCAGACCGUCCUGACCGCCCUGCACGAUACAGACCUGGGAUGUGACAGUGGCCAGUCCCGUACCAUCAAUCUCUGUGUCCCCAAGUCUGCAUACGACAAGCUUACCAAGCCUCCCAAAGGCAGCAAAAUCUGCUUGCAGUACUAUAACUAGACGACUAGCUUCCCGGUGCCUCGUCCGCUCUGGUGCCGGCGGCAGUGUCGGAACUCGACAACAGAUGGCAGCACUGUGUCCCGUCGGCAGCGCUGUACGGAGCACAUUGCACACCUGGACCUUCAUAUCCAGAGUUGUUCGGAGCCGCCCUGUCCCAUGGGGCCAGGUCCGUGGGUACUUUACCGCCGUGCCAGGCUGGUUUGGGCUGAGUAGCCGCCUGAAGGUUGGUCAUUUGAUUUAGGCACAGAUUGCACGUUUGUUGACACUGCUUUGAUAGACACUAGUCAUAUUCAGUAUCCAAGAUUUAUAACGCUCCGGGCCAGUGUCCAGCCGUCGGUGAACCGUUGUCACCGUGCCGGAGGUACCGCCGUGGUGACGGCACGUGUGACUUUUGACAUGAUGUCACGCUGGCUCACACCGCUGUGCUGUUGUGUUGUAGUUUCAGUUUAGACCAGAGAGUGGUUGUAGCUAGCUGUGAGGGUGUCCGGUCCAGGCGAUAUCGGACCUCGCCCGUCACUGUGUCGGACCGUCGGUGGUCCGGUCGGCUGUGGUUCGUUUGGACCGGAUAUGUCCGGUUCGGUGUCGCUCAUGGGAUAUCACGGGCUGAUGGCGAUUGAAAUACACAGUGGUUCAGACGUUCAA